AUGGCGACGUCUAUGGCGUUUGUGAGCGGAGGAGCAGGAUCAGGAGCAGGAUUGAGCGCAGGUCUUCAGCUUCCAGCGUUUCCUUCACCGUCUCCAGCACUACUGUCUCGAGGAAUGUCGUCACCAUCAGCAUCCUUGGGAAUGAAACCCGCUCUUGUUUACUCAGGAAGGGGGAUGGAAACGAAGCAAGGAGGAGUAGAAGUGGAAAGAAUGGUGGGCGAGAGCAAAUUCUCAGCGAUGGCUCGUCGUCCCCGGGAGAAAACCGAAAUUAGCCAGUCCGCAGGAAGGAGGAUUGAGUGGGUAGGAAAGAGAUACUUCCUCUGGAGAGUUGCAGAAUGGGCAUUCGACAAGGUCAUGGUUUUCCUACAGGUCUCUGCAGCCCUUGCGUUCUGGACUGUUGACAAGUUCAAGAGGGAGACCCAGCUUGAAAGCAAGCUUGAAGACCUCAAGUACCCGACGUACAAGUCUCCCAAGGAAGUCUCCUCCCUCUUCUCCAAGAGCGACAGGAAGGCCUCGCUCCCUUCCUCUCUUCCUGCUGCCGCGGUCAGCUCGGGGGAGAUCACCAAGUCCUCGGGUCCGCCACCGUCUGAACUGCAGUACCCCGCCACCAGCGUCUCCACGUCCCUGUCAACUGAGGUGCGGCCCAAGGACACGUCCAUGACCAACUUCCGAUCAGCAGCAUCGAUAGCCUUGAUCACGGCGCCCAUGCUCCUUAUGGCGGCUGCCGUCUGCGUGGACGACAAGAACUUCGACAUGCUGGCGCAGGCGGCCUCGUGGCUCAGCUUCUCUUUCCUCUUCGUCGACUUGAUCUCAGGGUCCGCCGGAGGUUUCACCACCCUGAUCCGCAAGAGCAUGCCGAUGCCUGUGCGACGAGUGCUGGCAUACCCUCGCCCUCUGCUGUAUGACGACUGA